AUGACGGACGAAGUCGAACCUAAUGAGAAAGAGAGGGAAUUGGAGACAAAAAUGAACAAAGAGAUCGAGAAAUUAAAGUAUUAUCUUGAACAAACCGAUGAAUUAAUCGAGGAGAGAGACUACAAGGAAAUUGAAACAGUAAGCAAACGUUCAGAAUUUAUUCUCGAUGAGAUAUAUAACUUAGUGUCGACGAUGCAAGAAUUAAAAUUGGACCGGGGCGAGUAUACAGCAAGAGCGAUACGACAGUGGAAAAAAACUGCCAAGGAAACGUAUUCACCAUGGGUAUUGGAACUCAGUAAGUUGCAAAAUAUAUUAGCGAAGAGAAAAGAGGAAAUUACUUUUGAAGAAACAAGCCGGAAACGUGACACAAUGCGAGAGGAAGAGGAGCAUCAUCGAGAGGAGAUUAGACGACAAGAGCGGCAGUUAUGGCAAGAGAAGUUACAGGCAGAGCUCGAGACAACCGAGAGAAAACUUGAGAUGGAAAAGGCAGCUAGCACAUCCCAUGCCAAAUUGCCCAAACUUACCAUAACAUCAUUCAAGGGUACGGCUAGCGAUUGGGUAAGGUUUGAGAACAUGUUUUUGACUCAGAUACAUUCGAAACCUAUUUCCGACGAGGAAAAGUUUGGUUAUUUGCUUGAGAUGGUAUCCAACAAAGUGCGAGACAGGAUUUCCAACUUAAGACCAGGUCCAGCCGGUUACAAGACAGCCUGGGAUCGUCUGAAGAAAGAAUAUGGACAGACAAGGUUGGUAGUAAAUUCCCAUAUUGAUGAGAUAAUAAAUUUGGAGACAGUUAGGGGAUCGUCCCACGAUAGGGUUCAAGUGUUUUAUGAGAAACUGAGUAGAAAUUAUGACGCACUACGCACCCUGGAUGAACAUGCCAAACUAGAUGGGUUUGUAAUGUGCACCCUUAACAAGAUACCCCAAGUCAAGCCGGACCUAGUUAGAACUGAUGACAAUUGGGAAGACUGGAAAAUGGAAAGGUUGAUUGAUAAUUUACAAGGGUGGCUAAGAAGGAACAAAUCCCCUCAUGAUAACAAUAGGAGGGACUCUCGGGAACGAAGCAUGUACACUCGCCGAGGGGGAGACAAGGGCGGGAAACGAGGUAGUCAAUGCGUCUUCUGCAAAGCAGAACACUGGAGUGACAAGUGCAGCUCGUAUACUACCACUGAACAACGAAAGAAGUUCUUCGUAGAGAACAAGUUGUGUUUCAAUUGUGCCUCACCCGGACAUAGAGGUAGCGAAUGUCGUAGUCGUGGAUGCUUUCAUUGUGGUUCGAAACACCACACAAGCCUCUGCAUUCAAAUCAAGAAUGAGCCCCAACAGAGAGGUGGGGAAAGUGAUCCCAUACUGACGGGAUAUACCCCAGUCGUAGAAGAGCCAACUCUACCGGCGAUAAUACCAGUAAGAUUGAAGGAGGAGGUGUUCUGGGCAUAUCUGGACUCUGGUUCCGGAAGGAACUUCAUUUCGAGAGAGCAACAAAGAAACUCAACCUAA